UGAUACGUUACUAAUCCACGCGUCCGCCAACUUUAGUAAACUCGUUACGCGCUGAGUUUAUAGCUGCGGCUAAAAAUGCUGCAGGAUUUGUGAGAAGCUCACUCAAAAUAAUUUGGACUAAUUAACCUCCCUCUCCAUUUGGCCUCUCCUCUCGCUGCCCUCUCUCCAUUUGGCCGCCCUCGUUUGUCCUCUACCCAGCCCGCUGUGGGCUUUUGACCCUCGUCACUAGACCGCGAUGGGGGCGGAACUGAGGGAGGGUGAAGGGUUAGAGAUCACAGAGAGGGGUGCUGCUGAGGGUUUGGAGAUGACAUUAGGGGUCAAGAGCGAUGUUAGCAUGGCUAAUGACGUUCAUCCCAAGGUUUAUCCUCCUCCUCUGUUAUCCCACGUCGAGGUUUCGACGAACCCGAUCGCGUUCUACGACACCCUCCGACGGCUACAUUCUGCCCUUGGCUCUAGAUUCAUGAUUCCUGUGAUUGGAGGGAAGGAGCUGAACUUGCACCAGUUGUAUGUUCAAGUCACUCAACGGGGGGGUCUAGAGAAGGUGAUUUUGGAGAGGAGGUGGAGGGAUGUGAUUGCAACCUUCGAUUUUCCUCCGACGACAACGAGUGCUUCUUUUGUUUUGAGGAAGUACUAUUUGAGCCUCCUCCAUCACUACGAGCAGCUGUAUUUCUUUAGGACCCAGGGCCCUCUAGUUGCUCCCUCAGUGGUUCCAGCACCCGCUCAUAUUCGAGAAGGUCAUGUGUGCCUAUCAGUCGAUAAUGCCUCUCAAUCUCCUAUUCUCGUUGGACCCAGACCAUCAAUUGGUUCCUCUUCUGCUGCAGCUCCCCUAACUUUGGAUAAUGCUCAAACAGUGGUUCCAGCACCCGCUCAUAUUCGAGAACGUCAUAUGUGCCUAUCAGUCGAUAAUGCCCCUCAAUCUCCUAUUCCCAUUGGAUUCAGACCGUCAAUUGGUUCCUCUUCUGCUGCAGUUCCCCUAUCUGUGGAUAAAGCUCAAACUGUGAUGCCUGCAAUCCCUCGCCCUAUCAAAGGCCAUGAACCUGGAGAAGCCAGUUAUGUUGCUAAGGCUCCUGCUAUCGUCGAAGACAAAACAGUAACCUAUGCAGAUGCAAAUGGAGUUUUGGGUUCUCAUUCUGCUGCAAGUGCCCCGACAUCAGGAGAGAGUACUCCAACUGCGGAAAAGUAUGCUGUUUCAAAUGCAGAUGGCCAUCAAGCAACGCCAUCUGGUCCUAUCUCAACCAACCCGACUUUGGCUGGAAGUUCAUCAACUGGGGUUCAGAAUUUGUCAGUGUCGGGAACAAUAGACGGUAAAUUCGAGCAUGGUUAUUUUGUAUCUGUCCGGGUUGGGACCCAAGUCCUUCAUGGGGUUCUGUAUCAUGCUCACCCUCUGGAUGCAGCUUACUCCUCUCUCCAUCAAUCCAACUACCCCACAUCAGGAACCAAUUCCCUUCUGGAACAAUCUCCAUCCAAUGUUACCGAUCCUUAUAUUCCUCAAACUCGUUCUUCCCAAAGGAGAAAGAAGUACAAGAACCGAGCACCAGGUCAGCCGAAGCCUAAUAGAAGUGCUUAUAACUUUUUCUUCGCUGAGGAGCAUGCUAAGCUCAAAGUUGAGCAUCCUCGCAAGGAAAGACAGUACAGCAAAAUGAUCGGUGACUCCUGGAGCAAACUCACCGAGGAAGAAAGGGGGGUGUAUGAUGCCUACGGGAAGAGAGAUAAGGAAAGGUACCGGAGAGAGUUACAAGCAUACAGGGAAAGGAUGGGGCUUGCACAACCUAGGGGGGUGCUGCGGGUUCGGAGGCCAUAAAAGGAGACAUGGUGGAGACUUUUCAAAGCUGAAGGAUGGACUUGGAUGAAGUUUUUCUAGUGUUUCGUACUCAAGUUCGAUGUAGCCUGAGGUGAGGAGUAGCAGGCCUAAAUAAAUGGGUAUCCAAACUUUAGACAGGUCUUAGCAGUAUAUGUUUGAAGUUUCAGUCCUGAGAACCUAGUUUCUCUUUGCAGUUAGUAGCAGAGAGAAGGAACCCUUUAGUCUCUUAAACUUUAUAGCUCUGAGCUUCUUAUAUGCGUAGGUGGUACAGUUGCUUUGUUGUAAGUUUGUAGUUUCUUUCGUGCGUA